GGAGGAGUUGAAGAUCAUAUAGGCAGGAUAACAAAAAAUACAAGUUGCAAAAUAUAGACUUCAUCAACAUGGCCGCUGCGCGCUCGCUCCAGCAGGCUAAAAGCAGGAUUUCUGCGUUCCUGAUCCAGGAGAAAGCAAACCAAACGGGCAGGUGAAUUGGGAAGCCAAACCAAACGGUCAAAGCCUGCUCCGCGGUCCUGAUAUAUCGGUCAGUGUGUACGAAACGACGGGAAAAGUUCUGUGGCAGGGGAAGCAAGGCGCGCAGUGUCGGACCGAGUUCGCCAAUUGGCGGGGCCCAGCGGUUGUAGAUAGCGUGACUGAUCAGAAUGGACCGGCUACUGUGGUCAACCGAACCAACAGCGCUGUGGGGCCUUCUCUUGGCAGCGUUGCUGCGUCAAGAGCAGAGUCUUUUUCCCACCAGGUAGAAGAUUCCUUUGCGCCAGGACUGAGUUCCGCUUCCGCGUCCGCCUCCUCUUUUUCAUUGAAUGCAACUGCGCAACCCAGAAAGUUGCCCUUGAAGGGGCAAAAGAGUUCCUUGGAAGAGUGCAACGCGUUCCUCCGCGAGGUGGAGUUUUGUGAGACAAAAAUGCAGGCAAUUAUCCAGCCUGAGCAACCCUCCUGGUGGGAAGACAAGCGGAAUACGCAGUUGCUCGUCCGGCUGGACAAAGUCGCGCAAGGAAACCUGAGUUUCUACACUCGCACGCGGACACUGCUGAUCCAGGGUAGAGAUGCUGCGAAAAUACAACAGCGGUUCAUCGAGUGGCGUGGCGAGCGAUUCGAACGUAUACAAAAAGAAAUGGAGGCACUGGAUGCGGCUGAGACGGAGAAAAAGGAGAAACAGAAAGCGCGGCCGCGUCCUUCAGCAAAACGGCACCGCAGCAACAGCGGGUUUGCAUCGACACACGAGCUCGACGAGGACACUAGUGAUUCGUCCCUCGACGACGACGGCAAUGAUCUUAUUUGCCUACCGAGGAAAAUCGAAUCGUGCCAAUACUGUCCGAGGCCACUGUCGCGACACACGACCCGAGACGGACGCCGCCUGUGUUCCUUCGGCGGAAAGUGGAAGUGCAACGGCUCCUGCGAAGGUCGGUGGUGGUUCGCGGCGGCGCUGAAGGUGCAGAAUGUGCCACAGUCCGACAAGGCGCACGCGUUUCCGGAAGAACUUUUUCCAGACUGCCUGGUCUGCAAAGAGAACUACUCGGUGGACCUUCUCGAGUAUUUGCCUCCGAACAGCGGCCGAGCAGAAGGGCAAGUGACGACUCGCGGCCACCAGGCGCACUUAUGCCCCGUUUGCAAACGAGGUGGACGUUGCGAAAGAGCUUGAGUUGUGUUUCAUUUGAAUUCGCACCGGAGGAGAAUGGACCGCUUACAUCGAUUUGAAUUUUUGAUUUUGUUUUUGCAGACUGGAAAACGAAAAGCUCGAAGUGUUUAGUACAAGAGCGGGCUGCACUUCAAUCGGUCUGAGGCUCACAGUCAGUAUGGCCACCUUCUGAUUCGGUCUUCGUGCUCGCAUAACUCUUUUCGGUCUUGGUCCAGCAACGAUUCAGAAUCGGUGCAUGCGUACGCAUGGUCCGCAACCAAUCGGUCUCGGGAUUGUCAGUGAACUUUUGCAACAGUGCGAGCGUUUACUAGCGAGACUGAU